GGUUAUAAUGAUUUUGAAUUUGAAAAAGAUGAGCAGAGCUCGUUCUUGGUGCGCCGUCGUGGUAACUUACCGGCCGAUAUACCUGAAGAUGUUGACAACACUGUGAAUAAAUCAAAACAUUUAGAUAUAUCUAUAUUUGACAGCUCUAAAUCCAGUACCAAAGAUGACGACCCUAAGCCCCCUGCGAAAAAACCUAUAGUUGACGACAGUCCCAAAGAUGAAGUUAAAAAGGAACAUAACCCUAAGUCCAAUCCCGUAGAUACGAAUAUAGUUGACGAUAAACCUGACCAUAAACCCCCUAAACAAAGUUCCGUAGAUACGAGUAUAGUUGACAAUAAACUUGACUCUAAACCCUCUAAAUCUAAAGAUAAGCCUGACCCUAAGUCCGACUCUGAGCCCAAAUCUGUAGAUACAGACACAGCUAACGACAAGUCUAGUAAAUCUGACCAUGAGCCUAAGUCUGAGCCUAAACACAAUAAGCCCGACCCUGAACCCACUUCCGUAGAUUCAGCAGAUACAACUAACAAUAAGUCUGAUCCUAAGUCCGACCCUGAAAAACCUAAGCUUAACCAUAAGCACGACCCUGAGCCCACUUCCGUAGAUGCAGCAGAUACAACUAACAAUAAAUCGGAUCCUAAGUCCGACCCUGAAAAACCUAACCAUAAGCCCGACCCUGAGCCCACUUCCGUAGAUACAGCAGAUACAACUAACGAUAAGUCUGAUUCCAAGUCCAGUAAAUCUGUUCCUGAGUCCAGUCCCACAGAUACAGAUAAAGAUACAGAUAAAAAUACAGAUAAAAAUACAGAUAAAAACACAGAUAAAAAUACAGAUAAAAAUACAGAUAAAAAUAAUGAUAAAACUGUAGUCGAUGAACCUACGCCCACAGACUCAGAUUCGAUUUCUACGAAUGCAGCAGAUUCUCAAGAUUCAACCCCCACAGACCCUGCAGAUUCAAAAAAUCCGCAUUCUACGGAUUCUACGGACUCUCAAGACUCAACCCCCACGAAGUCUGCGGACCCUGCAGAUUCAAAAAAUCCGCAUUCUACGGAUUCUACAGACUCUCAAGAUCCAACCACCACAGACCCUGCAGAUUCUUCAAAUCUCACGGAUCCUCCAUCAAGUCCCACAGAUUCCGUGGGUCCUCAAGAUUCUACAGAUUCUCCACCAAGUCCUACGCACCCUCUCACGGAUCCUCCAUCAAGUCCCACAGAUUCCAUGGGUCCUCAAGAUUCUACAGAUUCACCACCAAGUCCUACGGACUCUCUCAAGGAUCCUCAAUCAAGUUCCACGAAUUCUCCACAAAGCACGGAUUCUCCAUCAAACCACGCGGAUUCUCUAUCAAAUCCCACGGGUUCUUCACCAAGUCUCACAAAUCCUCCAUCAAGUCCCACGGAUUCUUCACAACGUCACACGGGUUCUCCAUCAAACUUCGCGGAUUCUCUAUCAGGUCCCACAGGUUCACCAAGUUUCACGGGUUCCCCACCAGAUUCCAAGCACACAGAUUCGCCAUCAAAACCUACUGAAUCUCCAAAAAGCAUCAUGGAAGAUACAAAUCCUAAACCAAAAAAUCAACCAAGUUCCACUGGAGAUUUAUCAAUUAGUCAACCAA